UGGGAGAGAAAAGAGCUUUUUGUGAAGCUUGGCUGUAGCCGGACGGUCCGUGGAUGUCCUCGACGAUGGGACACUUUCUCGGGUCGGACGACGCAUCCGAGAUCGAGCCGUUCGAUCCAGACUCCUUGCACGGUGCGGGCCACACGACGACCGGCACCCCGUCGACGGUGGGCCAGCGCAGCCGGAAGGGCCACCAGCCCCCGAGCCCCGUCAUCGUCAGCGCGGGUACCAGCAACGGGCAGAACGGUGGGUCGCGCUCGGGCCGGAAACCCUUGCCCGGCGGAACUCCGCCGAAGCUGAAAACACGCGAUUCCGAUUGCUGCAGCAUUAACUUCAUAAAGUAUUCCCUGCACAUAUUCAACACCAUCUUUUUGAUAUCGGGCCUGGUCAUAAUCGGUGUCACCCUGUGGACCGUGCUCUGGAAGCACCAGUACAUAUCGCUCCUGUCGACCACAAACUAUGCCAUCGGAACGUAUGCCCUGCUGACCGCCGGCGUCCUGGCAGUGGCCGGCGGUAUUCUCGGAUGCUGUGGCGUUUGGCAUGAGCAACGAGCUGUGCUGCUGAUAUAUACGUUCGUGCUGCUGUUUGUGUUUCUGCUGGAAGCGAUCGUAGGAGGAUUAGCUUAUCUGUACGAAACGCAAAUCGAGACCGAGCUCCAGCACAGCCUCAACGCGACGUUCAUGGCGAACUACGGUGUAAGCGAGCGGCAAACGAUGGCCAUCGAUAGUAUGCAGCGCGAGUUUUCCUGCUGCGGUGCCGUCCGUUUCGAGGACUGGCGGCACAGUGUUUGGCUGCGAUCGAGGCGAAAAGAUCUGAUACGGCCCACCGAGGGCCGGCUGGUGCCGGACUCGUGCUGCAUCACCGUCACGCCGAGGUGCGGGUUGCGCGAUGGUCCCAGCAACAUCCACUACACCGGCUGUAUCUACGAGAUGACGGAUGACCUGAAGUACCAUCUGAUUCUGCUCGGCGCCAUCGGGCUGGGGCUGAGCGUGAUACAGGUGUUCGGCAUGAUACUGUCCUGCUCGCUGUACGUGAAGCUGAAGAAUGUGCUCGACUGACAAAAGCCAGCGGAUCCAAUAGUCGAACUAAUGGAUCCGCUGCCGGACAACAUCAGUCUCAUCUACGGUUACGAUGAUCAGCGCAUAUGAAAGCACCCACAAGCACCGGCGCGGCCUCAGAGUGGCCGUGUGUGUAAAUAUAUGUACAGUUUUGUGUACCGUCAAGCUGGAGCCAAGAGCUGGGGUUUUCGUGGAAAACCCUACUCGGCUACCGUGCCCCAGCUACGUGAAUCCACAAUUGCCAAAAACGGAAACGGUUAAGUAAGCCACCCGGUGUACCUACCGGGAAGGUCGAGUGUUGAGCAAGGCCAUGAUUGUGUACAAAGUGAAAUAAAGAAGUU